GCCUGCUACCUGCCCCUCUUCCUGUGCGCCAGCGCCGCCGCGCAGCUGCUCUCCUUCGCGGUGUGCUACAAGGUGUGGAAGCUCAUGACCUCGGAGCUGUCCCGGAUGCCCCUGGACGAGCUGGGAGCUGGCCUCAGCGCGGCCGGCCACCUGGAGAUGGAACCGCCCAGGGUCAGCCGAGGGGGCCUCGCGGACACGCGUGGCGGCCUCGACGGCCGCCGCUCCUCCGCGGAGGCCUCGCCGAUGGUGCCCUUCCAGGGCAGGCGAUGCGCGGCGCUGCGCGGCGCUGGGCAGUCGCUGUGCGGCGCUGCACGGUCCGCCAGGGUCGGGGCCUCGCAGAGCGGGGCAGCAGAGGCAGUGUACGCGGCUGCGCUGAGCCUGCCCCUGCCUGUCGAGAAGAAGCAAAAAGGCGCCCGCGGCCGGGCACCGGCCGGCAGAGCCCGGCAGAGCCUCGGCCAGCGCGCGGGGGGUGCCCACGAGGCGCCCGCGGCCCCGGCUCCGGCGGAGCACCAGGACGGCCAGGCGCGCACCGAGGACGGGCAGAGCCCGCUGCCCGCGGGGGCCCUCCGCCGCUGGGGCGGACCCCGGCGGCAGCAGCGGUCCGACGGCGCGGUGCGCCCCAGCGGCCGCAAUCCGCCGCUCGCGCGCGCGCGCCGUCAGGCGGGCCGGCGCGGCCCUGGCGUCGGCUCGGCCCGGCGGCUCUCGCGGCGCGCCCCACACGCCGUGCUGGGCGUCCCCGCGAGCGCCAGCGUGCGGGCCAUCAAGGCGGCCUUCCGCGCCCGUGCCAAGGAGUGCCACCCCGACUCCAACCCGUCGCCCGAGGCGGCCGACCAGAUGGUGGAGCUCCUGGCGGCCUACGACGCUCUGCUCGACGGCGAUCUGUCGGACCGCGCGCGCGGAAGCCGGGUGGCCCACAGCUGCGAGGCGUUCACGGUCGAGGAGCUCGCGGCCGACGGCAAGCACGACGUGCACGCAUUCAGGAUAGUGCUGGCGACCAGCGUCCUGGAGUGGCCAGAGGCCUUCGCACGUCAAUGA